AAAUAUUUACCUUCUUUUGAAAUUGGAUUCAAUACCGGAGGAUUUGAUUGGAAUUUUAUGUUGAAAAAAAUACAUUUAUUAAAUAUUGAAAAAGAAAUUAGUCAAAUACUAGAACAAGAUAUAAUAAACAAUAUUAGAGAGACUAAGAUAAAAGUAUAUGAAAAAGAUAUUGAUGAAAAGAUGCAAAGAAAAAUUUAUAGAAUUGAAACAAAAAAAACAUUUCCUACUGAGAUAAAAAAUAUCUUGGAUGUUGUAUUAAAAUGUUGUGAAUUAUCAGGGAAAGUAGAUUUACCAUAUAUACCAGAUUUAUCAGAAGAUUUACUUUUUUCACGUAGAAAAGGAGAUAUAAUAGAAGAAAAAUAUAAUGAUGGUUUGGUUUUGAAUCCAAGAAAAAAUCCAAAUAAUCGCCCUGUUGCUGAUAUAGAUUUUACAUCUUAUUAUCCAAAUACCAUAAUCACGAAUAAUAUUUCUUUAAAUACUUGUGUGAAUAUUGAUUCACAAGAAGAAAAUCUAAAUGUGAUAAUUGAUAAUGGAAUAGUUUAUGGUAAAUUUAGACAACAUAAUAACAAAAAAACAAAAAUGGGAUUAAUGCCAUUGAUAUCUAAAAUGUUAUUAGUAGAUUGGGCUAUAGCAAAAAAAAAUAUGAAAAAAGCCAAAAAUAAACAAAAAUAUUCUUAUUAUAAUUCUUUACAAAAUGCUCUCAAAACAAUUGCAAAUUCUAUUUAUGGUGAAACUGGUUAUAGAUAUUCUCCAUUUUAUCUUAAAUAUGUCUCUUCUUCGGUUACAGGAUUUGCACGUUCAAAUCUUAAAAGAAUAAUACAAUAUGCAGAACAAAAAG